CGAGGCCGGCGCAGUGGGCGCUCUGAGGAGGAGGAAACACACACUCCAGUCCUCUCCGCUGCCUGGAGUCUCUUCUAGUCCUGGGAGGAAACGUGGAUUUUGACUGAAAGGAAAGAAAGUCGAUCAGCGGAUAAAAGUUGGUCAGAGUUUCUGAGUUCAGCUGAUUUUUUUUUUUUACCUGAGAUGAUUUUUGUCUACAUUGUUGGAGUCGAUGGUUUUGAAGAGUGAACGUUACAUUUAUGGAUCCCUUCAGCUGGGAUGUAUCGGAGAGCAAACGCACCUUAACCCACCACAGCCUGCCCGCCUUCUCACUAAACAGGAACUCUGAUCCGUUUCUGUCAUCAGACCGAUGGUGAUUCAUGGAAACACUUCUAUGAAAGCUUGCAGGCGUUUUAAGCUUUUUGUCUUAUGAUGACCCCCGCUCGGAUUUAAUACCCGCGACUACAUCACUGCCCCCUCACCCUAAUGAUGACUAUGAGCUCCAUGUCGGACACUUUAGUCCCGACGGAUCCGUCUAAGUCGGCGUUUUUGGAGUUCGGCGGCCACGGAUACCCCGGUCAUCAGCAGACCUCCGCGGGCUUGUCCCACAACCAUUAUACAGUCCACGGCCUGCACACCGUCGGGCCCUCGCAGCAUGACGGGCCCUUCUCUACCGGAGCAUCCUCAUAUGGUCGCCCGCUGGGCUACUCGCCGUAUCACAGCCCGGUGAGCGCGCACCAUCCCGGGACAUACCUGCCUUACCAGCACGGGGGUCACGGUGGCGCGCUGGGACACACUAGACUGGAGGAUGUUGAGCAUGAGAAGCCCACGACGGUGAUAGAGAACGGGGAGGUGAGGCUGAACGGGAAGGGGAAGAAGAUAAGGAAGCCUCGGACCAUCUACUCCAGCCUGCAGCUGCAGGCGCUCAACCAGCGCUUCCAGCAAACCCAGUACCUCGCCCUGCCUGAGAGGGCUGACCUGGCAUCCAAACUGGGCCUGACCCAGACCCAGGUGAAAAUAUGGUUCCAAAAUAAACGAUCCAAAUACAAGAAGAUCAUGAAGAAUGGACCCUGUGGACCUGAAGCAGAUCCCCUUGCUCCUCCUCCACCAUCUUCCUCUUCUCCAUGCUCCCUUUGGGACAUCAGUAUGGCUGCCAAAGGUGCACAAGUGCACUCAGGGGGAUACAUGAACAAUUUUGGACACUGGUACAGCGGACACCAGCAGGACUCCAUGCCAAGGACUCAGAUGAUGUGAUAGACAGGAGGAUGCAUCAACUAGAGCCAUAAACGACAUGGAUCAUCAUCAUUAGAGACUGAGUUACUGUGCGGGUCCAAAUAGUAAAAGUAGCAAACAUAAUUUGCCAUGAACAGAUAUUGAAAUAACAUUCCUUGAAGAAAAACAAUAAAAAAAACUGCCACAUCAGCAGAGCACUGCAGCCACAAUUUAUAAUGAAAGUACAAUUGUGAAUACAAACUUGUGUCUUUGUAGCAGCAGCAGAGUAAAACAAAACAAGUUGUUAUUUCUGCCUCUGGUAGUCACUCCUCCCCAGAUGUUUUGGAUAAAGCUAAAGACCUGUACAUACUCCAAAAAACAGAUUAUUUAUUUUAUUUCUUAAGGUGGCCAAACAUUAAAAGUAACAUUUUGUCUUGGCUGGGUUAUUUCUUACUACACAAGAAACCUCAUCCACAGCAGAUCUUACAUGUAUCAUAGAUUUACGAACUUCCAGCUGUCCCUCAAACCUAUCCAUUCAACCCAUUUCAACUUCCUGCUUCCUGCGCUUCCACAUUAACCAUGUUCACGCCCAUUUCUGACCAAUCACACAAUAGUUCUGUCAGACGAUGUUUUGAAGACAAACUGCAAAAACACCCUAACCAGAGCUGUGGCAAAAAAUUACACCAUUCUUUUCUUGUAACCUUGGAAGAAGGAACAAAUUUCUCAGUUUUUGCGGAGUAUGUACAGGCCUUAAAACCGAUGCUACAGCUGAGUUACUAACAGCCCUACAGCUUUGUUUUCUGAACGUGUCAGGAGUAUCUCUUCUGACAGUUUUUACACAUGUAUAAACAAUGUUGUUUUUUUUAUUCUUUUUUUUUUAUAUAUAUAUUUUUUAAUAAAUUCAGUACACCGACUAGUUUGCUAAUAGUAAAGAUUAAACAAAUUAAAGAGCUGAAAUAAAAUUCUCGUGGUGCUGAUUGUUGUGUCUAUCUGGGUAAAAUAUAGACCUUGAAAGAGUCAAAUGAAAAUGGUUGCAGUAAUUUUUGUCCUAUAACAAAAUUAUUUUUACCUAUGUCUGUUUAUGCUGUAACAUUCAAAUUAUGCCCCCCUGGUGUGCAAUGUAUGGAAACGCUCUGCAGAGGCUUUUUAAGUUUUAUGGAUUUUACACAAAUAAAACAGUGACAGAAUUAUA